UCUGUCUGUCAGUCAGAGUCAGAUUCGUUGUGUGCGAAGCUUCCGCGAUUUGUGUGUUUGUGUUUAAUUUGGGCAUCUUUAUUAUUACUCCCUAAUCUAAGUAAGGUCAGGAAAUAGCUGGCUUUCCAUCCUAAAAUAUAAUAUAGAAUUUGUGAAUCUGAGAGUUACUGGGAUUUUACUAAAAUGAGCACCCAAGACAUUCAGGUUAGUUUGAUGGAUUCUACACGGGGCUCAAGGAAAACGCUAAUGACUCUACAACACACGGCCACGGAUCGCGAAAAUUUAGUGGGUAGACCAUCAAAAAGUUUGAAGCACCAACUAUCUCAGGAUACUGCUAUAGAUGUGGAUGCAAAGCGCAGACCAGUCACCAGCAAGGAGAAGGAGACCCAGGCCAACAUUGAUACCACAAUUACUGCUGAUGACUUGUGUAACCCCGAGGGGCCUUCGGAGAAAUACUGGCAGGUUCUGGCUGAGAAGCGACAAGUUGCCCUGCAAGAAGUGUUGGAGGAGAAUGAGCAACUUCGUCAAAUUAUUGAGAACCUGAAAGAGGAGAAUGCCCAGUUUAAACAAAUGCUUGAAGAGGCUAAUAGCUUUGUGGAAAUUAUUAAGGAGGAGCUAGCUCACAGUGACAAGGAUGACACAGGCAUUGAUGUGAACGAUGUCAGCACUGCCGACGAGAACACUGAAAAUGAUACCACAGUGGAACCGGAGGCUGACUCUAGCAAAACUGAUUAGAAUAGCAUAAUAUUAAAACAUAAUGUUCAACUACUUAAUGCUGAAGUUUGUAUUAGUAUAAAAACACUAAUAACUAAGAUUUCGCCCAAAGCUUUUCCAGUACAAAGAAAGUGCUCUUAUCUUAAA